AGGUUUUCCGCCGUGGCGCCUCGCCGGAGACCCCCGCCCGCCGCGGCCGACGACGCCUCGCUCUCCUCCUCCCCCCGGAAGUCCGGCGACGAUGCGCCGCCGCUCGCCGGGGGCUCGCCGGAGGCGGCGGCCGGCGUCGCCCCGUGCGAGCAGGCCAGGAAGGCGCUGUGUCUGCGCUCGCCGUUCGAAGGGGAGGAGGCGGCCGGACGGGACCCCUGGCUGCCCGCCCGGGUCGCCAGAUGGGCGGCGGUGGGCGACGCGCGGAAGAAGCAUAAGAAAGGGCAGCCGCAGCAGCAGCCGGAGCCAGCAGCAGCGGUGGAGCAGCAGCCAAGAGUGCCUGCUGGGUUCAAGGGUUUUUGGGAGCAGAUGGAGCCGUAUUUCCGUGAGUUUACAGCGGAGGAUUUCGAGGAAUUAGUGACGAAGCUGCAAUUCAGUUCUAGCCAGAUUGACCCAUGUUUCCUUGUACCGGUUGUGGGCAGUGGCAAGGAAUUAGGGGAGAAUCUCGACCCGUCCCAUGCUUCUGUGUCCAAUGACAGCUUGGAUUUGAACUUGAAUUUGGGCAAGCAUAACGAGGAGUUGGAGAGUAACAAAGUGCAGGAUAUGCUGGAGAGCUCGAAUUAUAUUGGAGGCAGCGUGGAGCUGGUUAGUAAAGAUGAGAGUAACAAAGAGAAUUGUGAUCAGGAUAUGCAGGAGGUGAUUGUGCAGCAUGAGGAGCAGCCGAUUGAAAUUGUACUAGAUCAAGGCAGGACCGAUAGCCUUGUUUUACCAGGAUGCAGAGAGGAUACAAGACCUUCUUUGAAUUGGCUACUAGGAGCAAGGGGGCGGUUUGUGCUCACUUCAGAGCGCCCAAACAAGAAGAGGAAGCUCUUGGGUGCGGAUGCUGGGUUAGAGCAGCUUGUGCUGCUGCCAUCCUUGGAAGGCGAGGCUGGUUCAAUCUGUGAUGUAUGUUGUUUGGGAGAAAGUGGCAUGGCGUCCAACAUGAUGCUUCAUUGCAAGAACUGUGAGAUAUCUGUGCACCAGAAGUGUUACGGCGUGCAUGUGGUGCCAGAUCGCUUCUGGUUUUGUGUUUGGUGCAAUCGGAAUAUUGGGAUGCCACGGAGGUUGACACGGAGCGAUGCUUGCAGGACUGUAUUAAUGCCUUGUGUGCUAUGUCCAAAGGAGAAAGGCGCUUUGAAACCUGUAAAAAGGGAUCCUGGUCCAUCUGCAGACGGAGGAAACCAAGAAUUUGUACAUUUAUUUUGUAGUCUUUGGAGACCGGAGUUUCUUGUAGAAGACAUGGAAUCAAUGGAACCUGUCACCAAUAUAGUAGAUACCCAAGAGAAUCAGACAAAAUUGGUGUGCAGCCUUUGCAAGGUCAUGCAUGGUGCAUGUGUCCGCUGUAGCCAUGGAACAUGCAGGACUUCCUUCCAUCCUAUAUGUGCAAGAGAGUCGAUGCUUCAGUUGGAGAUAUGGGGGAAGUUUGGCCAUGAUAAUGUUGAGAUGCGAGCAUUUUGUGCAAAACAUUCUGCAGUCAGAGGCAUUAGCUCCAUACAGAACAACAAAAAUGCCUUUGAACAGGAGUCGACACAAGUUGACCUGCAUGAUGGAAAACUUGUCACUGGGAAGGAACAGCAAGUGAGAUUUACACGCAGUAAUAAGGACAAAUUUAAUGACACAAUCACAACUUCUAGUUCUUGUAGCCUAAACAAAGUACAGACAAUGGAAAUGGCUACCUCUCCGUCGACUGUUGGAAGCAUAGAAAAUCGAGAAACUCAAAGCGUCGAUAUUGUUGUUGACCAACCUAUGGGAGAUGGGAAUCUUAUGAGCAAUGCUGGAGAUGUUUCCGGAGUUCUUAGAAAGCUAGUUGACCAAGGAAAGGUUAGUGUUGGUGAUAUAGAAUCAGAACUAGGUCUUCGUUCAGAAUCAUUGGAGGCUGCUCUUGAGCCUGAAACCACCGCCUUCUCCCCUGGUCUGAGGUUGAAAAUCAUCAAGUGGCUGCAAAACUCCGUGCAUGUGCCUUCUGUUCAAGUGAAGCCUCUUAAAGAUGGUUCUUUGUCACCACAAGGUACAUUGCUUAGAAGUGAAAGUACAAACUUAACAAAUGCCAAACUUUGCUCAGGAGAGGAGGAUGGUAUAUCUUCAUUUGAUCAUCGUUUUCCCCAGGAUGAUAAUGAUAAUAAAGGCUGGAAUGAUUUACUACGAAAUGGCUUUCACAGUUGUCGCGAUUCUGAUGUAGAUCAGAUUCCUGGCCGGCGUUUGCUCAACAUUGAUGGUUACCACUGCUAUAUUCAUCCAUUCAUUGAGGAAAGAUUGCAAGAUUUGUGGGGUAAUUAUUUCGAGCAAAAUAAAGAGGCAAAUAAUUAUCAUGAAAAAUUAUCUUGUCCCCAUGGUGUUUCAGCAGCAAAACUUGGGCUAUUAGCAGACAUAGCUGCUGUGGAUCAAAUUCAUAAAACAAAAUCAUCAGGUAUCCUGGAGCAUUCACCCGAUGAUGAAAUAGAAGGGGAAAUUGUUUAUUUACAAUCCAUCCUAUUCAAUGAUGUUGUUUCUAUGAAGCAGAGAUAUGAAGAUUGGAUACUCAAGGUUGUCCAGAAUAUUUCUUGGGAGUUGGAUUCUUUCAAUAAAAGAAAAUGGGACCAUAUCAUUGUGAAUCAGUUCCUUCGUGAUUUGAGGGAAGCUAAGAAACGGGGGAAUGCAGAGAGGAGACACAAGGAAGCUCUAGCUAUCCUAGCUGCAACUGCACCUUCUGUUGCAUCCACCUCACGAAAUGCAACAGUGAGGAAAGAGCUAGAAAACAACGUUACAUCUGCUAAACAAGAGAGUAUGCCCAAAACCAAUGUUGGGUCUUCAAGAGUUAGCCAACUGUCUUCGUUGCCACAAGCAAAGGAUGUAUCAAUUUCUAAUAACAAAGUCUCAGAAGAUACUAACUUUGGCAUUUUUGAUCUGGCAAAAUUCUCCAAGAAAAGUGCUCUUCCCUGUGAUAUAUGCUUGAGAUGUGACACUGUAUUGAAUCGAAUUUUUGUCUGCUCCAGCUGCAAGCAGGCUGCUGUCCACUUAGAUUGCUACAAGAGCCUGCAGUAUCCCACAGGCCCCUGGAAGUGUGAAUUUUGCCAAGAGUUGCCAUCGGAUUCUGCUAUAUCUGGCAAUCAAUCUAAUUGCAGUGGUGCAAAAGUAUGCUUGGUGCAGUGUGGUUUGUGCUAUGGAACAUCUGGCGCUUUUAGAAAGACUCUGAAGGGGCAAUGGGUUCAUGCUUUCUGUGCUGAGUGGCUGUUGGAGACCACAUUCAAAAGAGGGCAACCUAAUGCAGUCAACAGAAUGGAGGGCCUUCGCAAGGAUAAAGAGACAUGCUCUAUCUGCAACCGCAAUCUUGGCGCAUGCUUGAAGUGCAGUACUGCAGACUGUCAAAUUACUUUCCAUCCUUUGUGCGCUAGGGAUGCUGGUCUUUACAUGAAUACAAAAAGAAUUGGUAAUGUGUUACAACAUGAAGCAUACUGUGGCAAACACAGUAUCGAGCAAAGAAAGGCUUAUCGUCAACAAUAUGGACCAGAGGAGGUCAAGAGCAUGAAACGAAUGAGGGUUGAAUUGGAACUAUUACGCUUCCUUUGUGAGAGGAUUGUUAGAAGAGAAAAAGUGAAGAAAGAUUUGGUUGUGUGCGAACAUGACGUACUUGCUGCAAGAAGGAUCUCUGCUGCCUCUUCUAUUUGGUCUUCUUAUUAUGCAUCUGGACCUGGAGUGAGUUCAGAAUCUGCCACUACUUCUGUUAAUAACAAAUCAUAUAGUGGAGCGAUGCAAAGAUCUGAUGAUGUCACAGUGGACAGUAGUAUUACUAGGAAACAUACUGUCAGGUUUUCUCUGCAUAACAGGGACGCUGAUAGGAACACAGCUGACAGUUCAACAUCAACAAUAUCGUAUAAGCGGAAGUUGGAUGAUGGGGAAUCACUUACAUUUAAGAAUUUUCCAGAAAAACCAGCUACUGCCUUGCUGGAGUCAGAAGAUGUUGAAAAGAAAUCGACAGAUAAAAAGCAUAGAGAAACAUAUCAAAAGGAGCUUGUUAUGACAUCUGACCAAGCUCUGUUGAAGAACAAGAGCCUUCCGGAGAGAUAUGUUUAUACUCGCCGGAGCUCCCAGUCCAAAAGGAAGCUAUGUAAUCAGCAUGUAGCAGAAGGGCCCGGUGGAUAGGAGCAGUUGAAUUAGGAUCAUGGUGGCUCCUUCAUGGGUUGAACAGAGAACAUUUUUGAAGCUCCAUGCUGAAAGCAUAUGCAGCAAGCGGGGCUGGCCAUUAUAAUCAUGUGCCAUAGCCACUGGGGCGGGCACAGUUGGACCAAGGUCAUUAAGAUGGUGCAGGCUGGGUUCCUAAGUAUGAUUUGAGCUUCCAACCAAAAGAUCUGACUCAUCGAGCUCAUGUCACAGUGCAGGCCAGUAUGUGUGAGUUCAUUCACUAAUUAAGUUAUCAAGGGCAGGUUUUGUGAAAUAUGCCCUGUUGCCAGUGUGCCAUCUGCACAUUAGUUAUGUUAAAGAAGCAAAACAAUUGCAUCAGUGGAUGAUGAAAGAAAGUUGGUAGAGAAUUGUUGCUGACUGACUUCUACCAGUUGGCCAUCAGCGCAUGAAUUAUCCAUGUUUAGGAAUUGUAGCAUAUGUGUGUUCGUAUGUACCGACAAGUCUACAUGUUCAGUUGGUGCGUGGCUUAGAAUUGUCCUGACUGCUGACUUCUGAUGUGGACCCUUGUUGACAUUGUUGUAGAGCAAAUUCGUGUUUGUACAGCCAUGGAGGCCUAGUUUCUUUCUAUGUAGGAGGGUGAUUUUUGUGGUUCACACAAGCUGUUAGUAAACUUGGUGAGCAAAGAACUGCCAUGCGGCCAUAUGGGUUGUCCGGUUGCUCGAUUGUAUUACCGUUACUGCGAAGUCUGGUUUUGUGCU